AUGGCGGAGGACGAAGACGGUGUUUCGGAUAAAAAAGCACCUGAAAGUUCAAAUAAUGGAGAAUCUUCGCAAGAUAAUCAACAAAAUGCCAUUAAACCCGACUUAGGAAUAGAAGAAGCUAAGUAUGAUGUUAAAGAAAAUGGAGAUGCGGAGCCUGUUGAACCUAUAUGUUCAUCGUCUAAAUCGACUGGUGCAGUGCGCAAAGAAGAGAAUCCUUUUUCUUUCCGGCACUUUUUGAAGCGAGACCUGUCUCUGCCAGGGAAUUCGACAUAUGAAAACACGGGAGCCAGGCCGAAAGUUUACGCGAAUACAGUGCAGCAUUCUCCAACAAAAAUAGAUAUUCACGCUGAUUCGAGGCGUGACAAAAUACGUUCAAGUGAAAUUCAAGCCAAAGAUAAACAAAGUGAUGGCAUAAGCCUUCGUAACUGUGACAAUACGUCUUCGAGUAGUUCCGUAGAAAUACCUUUUAGUGUAGUUGAUAAUACCGAUUCUAAGCAUAAUCUAUACGCGGAUAGUUCCGACGGGCCUUUUUUUCACAGGCCUAACUUAGCUUCGGAGCCUUUAGGCAUGCCGUCAUUACCUGAUUUUGUGCAAGACCACAUACUAGUGGAGCAAGCCUAUUUGAACUCUAAUGGCCCUAUAUCCGUCGACUUGGACAAUUUACCUGAUUUCACGUUUAAUACUAAUUUUAAUGCUGGAUCAUCGGCUUCCUUGGGAAGAAGGAAUAAAAGUGGAUAUGGUAGUAAUAGGGGUUAUGACUUUGAAUCUUACAUGGGAGCGGCCUCCACAUCUGCAGACUCUGGUCCAUCUGCUCGUAACAUUCCUUUGGACUUGCCCACUGGUGCAGAGGCGGCUGGCCCGGUGCCUCUUGACCUGCCUGUACACCUCAGCUUGGAUUUAACUGAGUCAGUUAACUCAGCUGAUCGCAGGAAUGUGUCUCCUAGAAAUAGUUUUCCAUUGGACUUGCCUCCUAAUGUAGGUGCAGAGUCCAUGAGGCUACCAGACUUCCUACCGGUGCAUCCUGGCAGGACUUCACCAGAACCAGAGCAUCAAGACGAGCAGUUGCAGCAAAUUAUCUCUGAAUUAGAGCGCACCAGGGCGGAGCUGUUCGCGGAGCGCAGUCGGCGCUCGCGCGCGGAGGAGGAUGCUCGUGCGGCGCGCGAGGUGGCGACGCAGCUGCGCGCCGAGGCGGCGGCCGCGCGCGCCCGCCUGGGGGAGGCGCGGCGCGCCGACCGCGACUACGCCGGCCAGCUCGACGCCGUGUCGCAGCGCGCGCACUCCAACCUGCUCGACACCGCCGCCCGAGCGUCCGAGGCGGAAACGACGGUCUCCAAAUUGAAAAAUGAAAUAAAAAGACUAAAGGAGGAGCUGUCGGCGAGCCGCGCGGAGGCGCGCGGGCUGCGCGCGGCGCAGUGCGGCGUGGCGGCCGACCUGCGCCGCGCCAGCCACCGCGCCGAGACCUCGCUCAGGGAGCUCCUGUCGGGCUUGGAGCGGUUACGGACCCUGAGCUCGACGCUGGACCCGACAUGAUGCUAGCUCCCACGUUCCUGUCGACGACACCUCAACUUUUGUAUUCAUUUAUUUCUCUAAAUGCUGCUAUUUAUAAGAUAAUUUAUUAAAUAUAAUUAUUUAACCUAUACUGAGUUGAUUAUACUCUCUGUAACUCAGUUGUAAAAAUAUACAAUGUCUUUUUUUUGGAUUUGCACUUCGAAUCUCUUUAAUAAUAUAUAAAAUUAAAUCUUUUUUUAAAUAUUUUUGUAUAGAAACGAUAAAAUAAUCGAUGUUUUUACAACUGAGAGAAAUUACGCUUCUAUUCCGCGAGAUAAUGUUAACUGUCCACGUCUAUGUUAGUAUUUGGUUAAAACCAGAAACGCAGUACAAUUAAGUUUAUGUACAAUCGAAAACAUUUUAAACAUAUUUAGAAUUAAAUUAACUUAAAAUUGUAUCUAGUUGUGUAUGGGAAGUCGUUGAAAUCGUCCUUGCGAUAAUUUGCUAAAGUCAAAGCGGCUGGGAUCGGAUCAGACUAAUCUACUAAUCUGCAUCGGCCAGAUCCAUAUAAAGAAAGGAAAAAAUAAAAAAAACUUUAUACCUUAAAAAACACGACUGCCCUGAGUGAAUGAAUGAAUAUAUAACCAAUGUCAUAGACAAACAUAUGUACAUCAGUUCAGGUAUUUAAAAGUUAUACAUUAUAUAUGUCAGAUGUUGUUUAUUUGACUUUCUGUCCUAUUGUCGUUGGAAUAGACUGUAUAGACAUGUAUAUGGAAACCAUUACACUCCUUUUAUGGACAGUCGUGUUAUAAAGGAUCCUACUCAUUUAACUCAAACAUAUAUGAACGCUACACAUCUUAUGUCUAGAAGAGAUGUUUUUUCAAGCGUUCAAGCUUUAGGGAUGGGCCUGACUAAUGUAAUUGUUUAGAAUUAUCGAUAUUUAUUUUUGUAAUCGAAAAUAAUAUAAGGUUAUUAUAUAUUUGGGCCAUUUCUUAAUCGUAUUCGCAGUAACCUUUAAGAUGUGAAUAGUAAGUUGUGAUGCAAAAUUUUAUUUAAUUAACUUAAAUGAGACUAAUUUUAGACUUUUUAAAUUGGUAUAGGUUGGUAUUAGGGUGCAAUUAUGACGUCAUUGAAAAAAGGUUAUGUAUGAAACUAAAUAAAUUAUGUGUUCUUUGUGACAUCACUAAUUGUUGUUUGAAGUCAUAUUGAAUAAACGUCUUGUGACGUAAUUCAAUGCAAAGUCAUUCGUCUUAAUGGUUUUUAUAUGUGACUAAUCGACUAUGUAACUAUUUAUUAUAUACUAUAUAUAUAUAUAUAUAUAUUAUAGUACAGAUUAUUCAUUAUAUAUAUGUUACAAUUGUAUGAAUAAAACGGAAGGUAACUGAGAAGUUGAUUUUAGAAUACAAACAAAACAUACUCUUUGUAAAGAUGGGGUCACAUUUUUUCGAAAGAUGAUCAACAUUAUAUACACAGUGUCGCAAGUUAUUUUGGCGUAUCUUUAUUUAUUUAUAGCGCAGCUAAAGAUUCUCGGACGUCCACGCUACAUUUUUACAAUGAAAUGAUGUUAUAUAUGUAUGUAUGUCUUCUGAGUGACGUAGUUUAUGAUUUAUGACGUCAAAGGCAAUCGAAAAUGGCGGAGGGUCGCAAUAGUGUAAGACCUUUUUUAACGGUGUAUAUGCUUCUACGAAAUCUUAGUCAUUUAUAGUUACUUCUGAGACCACACUAAGGUAAUAUUUGAAGAUUUUUAAUACAAUAUUUUGACAAAUAUGUUACUAUUACUACUUAGUCGAAGCAGUUUAUUUUUUUUUAUUAAAGAGGUAGGCAGGCGGACCACCUGAUGGUAAGUAGUCAGCAUCGCAUUAAUCAAUGCGCCGCCGAGCAUAGGAAUAUAAUGUUUUGUUCUAUGUAUCUGUACCCUAAGUCGUGGCUACAGCAAUGUCUCUUAUCCAAUAACGCGAUUAUUAACAUCAUUCAUCCUUAGUGUGAUCCAAACUUUAGAGUUUUGAAAUCGGUUGUUAUUCAUUGAAACGAUUCUAUAUAGUUAGUGAUGUCCUAGCGGUAAAAGGUUCUAGGCAAAAAAAGGCGCGAAAAUCCCAUCGAAAAAAAUGGCGCCUUUUGUCAAAUAUGGAUUUUCUUGUUCAUUGUUUCUAAAUUGAACUAAAUCUGAAUAAAACUGGAUUGAGUAUAUUCAUGAGCUCGGAACGACUGCAUUGAAUAUACUUAUUCCUUGACUAUUAAUUUAAAUAAUAAUAAUGAAUAUUAAUUAAAAUUGUUUUUUCAAAUAAAAUAUUGUUCAUUUUUAAUAUUCUUACUAAACUUACCAUAUGCAAUAUUUUCUAUAUUUUAGAAUCUUGCAAGUACUAUAAUCGUUUUAACAAUAAGCUUUGUAUGAUAUAACUGAGAGCCGGUUGUGUACAAUUGUACAGUUUAAUUUAUUUUGUAUGUGAAUGUACGUUCAGUAAAUUGUAACGUGUGAAAUGAACAAUCGGAAUCGGAUCGGAAUGUAUCAUAUAUUUCGUCUACAAAAUGUGUUGUAACCAUAGACUGACCGAGAAGUUCGCUGAAGUUGGUUGUUGGUUGAAGGUAGUUAAGAACCCAGCUGUCUGAUCUGGUUAAUCAGAUAGUAUUAAUCGCAUUCGUCAUGUCGUUUAUGACGAACUAAAGAAGAGAAAAAAGUUAGAAUCUAGACCAGUGGCUCUAAACCCUCGGUCCAUAGACAAUAUAUUUUAAUGGUAACUUUAGUCAAAUAUGCUACGAUGUCGCGAUGUUUAGUGACGUUCGCUGGACGAUAUGAGUUUUGUUUUUAAUUUUUCAGCAACUAAAGAGUGGUGUAUUUGUGAGGAUAAUGUUCAGUCUGUUCUUCAAUUGUGUCUAUGGUUCUAGCACAUCUGAUAUAAAUCAUUAAUACAUCUAUGUAAGUUUAGAUAACUAAAAUGAAUAUUAGCAUGUGGCUUUUGUUUCAAAUAUGAAAUAAUUAGGAAAAUUAAAUACAAUUUGAUAGAAUCGGUCGGUACUGUGUUUAAUCGGGUUAACAUUAACCAUUAAUCAUUCAUUAAAGAGAGCAAGGAUAAGUUGUUAUAAAUGAUACUUAAUAUUGUAUUAUAAAUCAAAACUUGUAAAUAAAAUCAUACAUUUUAUUGUAAAUUCGUAUGAAAUAAUGAUUCACAUUUAUUUUUAAUUGAUAACUUGGAGCAGCAUUUGACUGCGGCGCAUAUCUUAAACCUAACUUGUAAAGGAGGCUAUCGAAUAAUAUUUAAGAGCCACAUGCAUAAACACUAUUGUAAUAUUUACCGUUUAAUUAAAAUGAUUCAUUUUUUAAUUUACUUUUUUUUUGUAUUUUACUCCAAUCGUGAGCUAUAUUUAAAAUUUCAAGGUUAACUUAUCGUCGAAUAAGUAAAAAAUCAAUUGUAAAAUUUCACCGUCACGUACAUUGCCCCAAGAGAUUUAAUGAAAACGUGGUAGAUACAAUUGUAUUGAUUGUCUUUAGGGAAAUAAUAUAGCAGUCUGAGAUCAUCCUCUGUUAAAAUCACUAGUGGCAAUUCUGUCUUAAUUCGAAAGUCUAAGAGUCUCUGUUUUCUGUGAGAUUUGUAUUAUACGAGCGUUGUGAUCACUUGUACCGAGACAGACUUGAUACAAUACGCAUACGUAAAAUAAAACUAACCUAAACAAUAUAUUUAGUCAAGAGUACUUUUAACUAAAUGGUAAUAAUUGUAUUGAUCUUAACUUGUUUUGUUCUGUUGACAAAUAACACUAAAUGAACUUUCCUUUUUAAUCUCACUCAUUGAAAAUUUAUAAAUAAAUUUGUUCGCACCAGUAUCUUCAAUCAAUAUUUUUUAAUAAUUCAUAUGAUGUUAUAAUUUAAAACCGGUACCCGAUCAAUGUCCAGUUCAUAUGUAGUUUAAAUCGAUGGCAACUAAUUGGUAUUUUUUUAUUUUAUUAUUUUUAUUACGUCAUACCAGUUGCAAAUCAUCGCCAGUCUCUUGUGAAAAAAAUUAUACAAGCGUAUUUGUUAUGUGGAAUGGUAAAUUUUGUAAAUAUAUUAUGAUUGUUUUAUUUAAGUUCCUUAAAUAUUAAUAAAAUGUAAAAUCAUAUAAAACUUCAAACCAGACUUCAUAAAGUUAAGUAUUAAUUUUGAUUUUUAACCAUUAGAGGUAGAUUUCACCACGAUACCCGAUACAGCCAGCGACUUCCAGCUAGCCAGACUUUCUUUAGAUUAACAGAUAAUUAAUAACAUUAUUGACAUUACAUAUUAAGUUCCCUAAAUUAGUAUUGAGUACCUUAGUCCCAUUGCAAAAUUGCAGAUUCCUCGAUGCAGUUUAUGUUUAUAUUCAAAUAAAAUAUUGGUAAUAGAAGUUUUUCAAAAAUGUACAUAAUAUUCAUUUUAAGAUAAAUCUGUAAAAGCUCGAUAAAAGUUUGUAUGCUGGUUCUAUAAAAUAUUGGUUGAUUGAAAAAAUAUUAUUGUUUUAUGAGACAUAAAGUAUAACUUAUGUG